CACAUCUGGCUCACCGUCCAUCAUUCCAACCAACCAAUUUCAUAUCUCGUCGUUCACCCACCUUGUUAUCAUCCUGAUUCAGCCAAUGUUUUCGCUGUCGCCUUUCUUCUCUCUCCGUACCUUCAUCCUUUCCGAUCUCACCUCCACCCUUCAUCUUUCCCUCCUCUCGCUACCUGAGCUCGCUGCUAGUAUAGAAUGAUGAUGGUUUACUGAUUCAUUUCCUUGACAUCGCUGAGAACGGGCAAUUGCCAAUCAAUAUACCGCCAACAUGCCGACUUUUGUUUGCGCACUGUUCCUCCCUAACACGGUCGAUUUUCACAACCUCCCUUCCAGCGACCCCAGUAGCCCAGUUACCCUUGGGACUCGCACGGGAUCGGUUAGUGAUGUCCCGCAGGUCAAAACUAGCCUCUUCCCAGAAGCCGACCCUCCCAAAACCCCGUCCUCAAACGAUGUCGAUUACUUCUUCUCAAAGCGUCAACCCAGCGCCAGGUCGUACUUUCCAAAAUCCAACAACCCCGGCGGCCUAGUUCGCAGCGACUCCCAUGUCCCGGAAUGGGGAUCGGCUCUGCCUUUCCGUCAACCAAAAUCACGGGCUGCGGAACUACCGCCCGAUACCAUUCUCCGGUACACUCAGCAGCAGCAGGCGAUCGAUCGGGCCAAGACUGCGAGGUCCCGGCGCGCCAGUCAAGCUCUAGUUCCAUCGCGCUCCGGGAGCAGUGACCCAAAUUGGGGUCAGGAGUGGACGGUGGCACCUGCUGUCCAGAACAAUGGCGAUCUAGCGAACGCAGUUCGAGCCACAAUUGAUACCGGGGCCUUGGACAAUGUUAUAUGGCUGGGUACUGUCGGUUUCCCCACAGACUCGCUCCGGCAACAGACCAAAGACGAGAUCAAUGAGCGCAUGGAGUCGGAAUUCGAUUCACUUACCGUCUUUGUCAAGGACAGUGAUAUCGACGGACACUACAAUCAUUACUGCAAGACCAUACUUUGGCCUGUGCUCCAUUACCAAAUCCCCGACCAUCCGAAGAGCAAGGCUUAUGAGGACCAUUCGUGGAAAUAUUACGUCAACAUCAACCAAGCCUUUGCCGACAAGAUCAUCGCAUGCUAUAAGCGAGGAGACACCAUCUGGAUCCACGACUACCACCUUCUCCUGGUUCCGGGCAUGGUUCGAAACAAGAUCCCUGACGCACAGAUUGGAUUCUUUCUGCACACCGCCUUCCCUUCAUCGGAAGUCUUCCGGUGCCUGUCGGUUCGGAAUCAGCUCCUCAAUGGCAUGCUCGGAGCCAAUUUGAUUUCGUUCCAGAGCUCAGAGUAUGCGGACCACUUCCUGACCACCUGUAGCCGACUGCUCCUAGUUGAAGCAACCACUGAAGGUGUUCAACUGGAGCAUCGAUUUGUCAACGUGUCGUCGAUUGCUAUUGGUAUUGACCCGAAGGGCAUCGAACAGGAGCGUGUCCAAGAGGAGGUGGGGGAUUGGAUUAAGAUGAUGCAGGAGCGUUACAAAGAUAAACAUCUCAUCGUUGCUCGAGACAAGCUAGAUAAUGUCCGAGGCGUGAGGCAGAAAUUGCUUGCUUAUGAGCUGUUCUUGAACAAGUACCCUGAAUGGCGCGAGAAGGUUGUGCUCAUCCAGGUCGCCGUUUCUGCUUCGGACAACCCUGCAUUCAAUGCUACGGUAUCCGACAUUGUCACUCGCAUUGAGUCCCAGCAUGCGAAUCUGGCCCGCCAACCACUCAUUUUCCUCCGCCAGGAUAUCUCAUACCCUCAAUAUCUUGGCCUUCUCUGCAUCGCGGAUGUUCUUAUGAUCACAUCUCUUCGUGAGGGGAUGAACUUGGCCGCACAUGAGUUCAUUUACUGUCAGGAUGGUCGGGAUGGGGGCAAGCAACACGGCCCGGUCAUUCUGUCAGAAUUCACUGGAUGUCAUUCACUCUUCGACGGAAGCGUGCUCUCUGUCAACCCCUGGAAUUAUCGGCAGUGCGCUGAUGCAAUUAAGGAGGCUCUCGAGAUGGACGCCGCCGAGAAGGAAAGGCGCUACACAAAGAUGCGAGAAAUUGUCCUCAAGUGCACAGGUAGCUCGUGGUGCACGGAACUAAGCACGCAGUUAAGCAAGUGCUACAAUAACCAAUACACUCAAGACGCCAUGUCUAUCCCUCGCCUUUCGGCAACUCAGCUUGGCGAUAGGUACCGAAGGACGAAGCGCCGUUUGUUUAUCCUCGAUUAUGAAGGCACUCUCGCCAACAUUACCUCGAUGAACAGCAACGUGCACUUGUCAUCUCCUCAGCGGGUCAUUGACACCUUGAACGACCUCCUACUUGACACCCGCAACAUUGUCUACAUCAUGUCUGGCCAGCGGCCGGAGAAUCUUGAGCGGCUCUUCUCUCGCGUCCCUGGUCUCGGAAUCAUCGCCGAGAAUGGGUGCUUUUCCCGGGAAGCGGGGCAGGACGCUUGGACUCGAUUCGCCGACUUUGAAAAGAUGGAAGAAUGGAAAGCCGAAGUCAAGAACGUGUUACAGUAUUACCUGGAUCGCAUCCCUGGAGGCACCAUUGAGGAGAAUCACUGUAGCCUGCGCCUCAAGUACGGUCGAGCGGAAGACAUUCAAGCCGCAGCAGCAUUCGCAGGAGACUGUGCCAACAAUGUCAACGACGCAUGCAGUGGGAUGCGGAUUCGUGCAAUCCACAUCCAUCAAGGGGUGCUGAUUGAGCCGUAUGAUUGGAGCAAAGGCAGUGCAGCAACGCAUAUCUUCGACGAACUACGUGCUGGCAAUGGGCCCCAUUUCAACCCAGUCAGGGGCGAAGGGCCUGACGAUACGGACGCGAACAAUAAUAAAGGCAAAGAGGCCCUGAUGCCGGAUUUCCUGAUGGUAGCAGGGAACGAUCGUGAAGAUGAGGGCAUCUUCCGAUGGGCGAACAACCUGCAGAAGGACGGUGUCGUGCCCUACGUGACGACCGUGAGUGUCGGGAAACGCAACACUGAUGCGAUGUCCACUUUGACGCAGGGAACGACUGGUCUUCUCUCCGUUCUCACGAAUCUGUCGAAGUUGAAUGGGGCGUAAAUUGCACGCCAUGCACUGUGUACAGCAACAUAACGCGCUGGCAGCGCUGUCUAUUUCUCGACUGGUUCACAUCAUGCAAGGCUCAUUGCGGGAUUCCCACCACGCAGAGCGUUGGUUUGGGCACAUUCGGAGCAAGCCAUGGUGGUUAUAUAUACCCAUUUCCACGCACAAGCGGAGUCGAUAGAAAUACAAUUCAUUCCAAAGUUUAUGGUCC